AUGUUGUGGCCACGCGAGGAGUUCCACGCCGCCUAUAAGCAAAUCAAACACGACGCAGUGCACUCCAGUGGCACCUGCAGCGUGCUCAUCCUCGUAGCGCUCGACGUGGACGCUCUGUGCGCUGCAGAGAUCCUCACGCGUCUACUGCGCGCCGACAUUGUGAGCUACUCGCUACUUGCCGUGCGUGGCUACGAAGACGUGCUCUUAGCCCGUGAGUCGCGCAUUCGCUGCGCUGAUGGAUCGCUGAGAAGCGACGGCGCGCUGAGGUCGGUCGUCAUGCUGAACUGCGGUGCCAUUGUCGACGUUGCGAAGCUCCUGGCGCUGCCACCGCACGUCAAGUGCUAUGUGCUGGACAGCAAUCGCCCCAUUCACUUGGCGAAUAUAUAUGAUACGGACGGUCAGGUCGUUGUAUUUGAUGACGGCGCACUGGCGGUUGGGGACUAUCCAGUGUGUGGUCUAGAUCUCGAAGUCGAGGAUUUUGAUACUGACGAACAAGAAGAAGAAGAAGCAGAGGAGGACGAGGAGGAGGAAGAAGUCGAUAUCGAUCAGAGUGAUGCAAGUGAAGCGGAAGUGGACUACGCUGUUGAUGCAGUGGAUACAGAGCUCAUUGAGAGGCACCAAAAUGACGGUCAUGGAACGGACAAGAGGGACCGAGAGGACGAAAAUGAGAGAAACGAUGCAAGUGAACAGGAAGAUUUGGGUCAGAGAUACAAGAGGAGAAAAGAUAAAGACGAAAAGGAGGAGAUGGCGGAGGAGGUAGAAUCAAUGGACGAAAGUGACACAAUAGCCAAACGGCGUCGUCGUGAAGAGAUUUUGCGAUACUACAGAGGGUCGUUUCAUGGCGCCCCGGCGGCUACAGUGGCGUUUGAACUGGCGCAACAGGUGAACAACUCGCAGCAAGAUCUGCUGUGGUUUGCUAUUAUUGGAUUGACAAAGCAGUUUGUGCUUGAAGAAAUAGACACGGACAACUACAACCUCAUGAUCACUCGGUUCCAGGAUGAGGUACUAGCGCUCAAUGUGCCAACACUAUCCAGCGAUCCAGGAGCGACUGGCGAAGAAGAGAUCCAUCCAGGCUAUGAAGACGGUAAGAUCAGUUUUGAGGAGGAAUACCGCUUCAUGUGUUACCGACAUUGGUCUCUGUACGAAGCCAUGUAUCACUCGGACUACGUGGCUUCGAAACUUGGACUCUACCAUGAUCAAGCACGCCGUUUUGGUGCGCGAAACGCUUCGGGAAAUAGCGAAAAUGGGACGGGAGACACGGCGCUGCAUGUUUUUCUUGCGCGUAUGGGCUUUUCGUUGCGGCAGAGUCAGCAAAAGUUCUCGUACAUGCCGUUGGAGAUGAAGCAGAAGCUGCGCGAAAAGACUGAGGAAAUGGCACCCGAGUUUGGCCUGGAUGACCUCUUCUACGGCUCUUUCAAGCGAACAUUUGCGUUUCAAUACCAGCUGAGCGCAGCUGAUGCUUUCUACGGAUUGCAAGCUUUGCUGGAGGCACCAGAAAGUUACAUUGCUGCAGUAUUUGCAACUGAAACACAGCAGCAGCAAAGCACUUUAUUGUCUCUCUUGUCCCUCGACUCCGUCGUGUCAUCUGGCGUCAAUAGCAGCAAUACUACAUCACAAGACGACCGGAUUCGAUUAGAUACCGAAGACACGGCAACUGAGAAAUUACCUCGAGACGAUUUCCGUCAACAGAACUUCAUGUUUGCGCACACGGCUCUCGCGUGUCAUUCGGUAACAUCAAGCAAGCUCAUGGAGAGUGGCAUCAAGGUAUCAAUGUCGCUGAAGCAGGCCAUUGUACGCGUCGGACUUUCCAUCAUGGAGCGUAAACUUUUGGUUCGAGUGAAGCACUUUCGCUACGUAUGUUUAAACGUCACCGAACGCGAUCAGGAGCUCUUUGCGAAUGCCAAUAUUUUGACGCAGUUGGCUCUGUUCUUACUUAACGUACAUCGCGCAAGUGGCAAAUGGGGUGGUCCGAAUGGUCCAGCUCGUCAAAGUCUGACAGUCAAUGAAGGUAUGGAAAGUGAGCCAGAGAAAGGUCGACCUGUGACGAACAAAUCCAUUGUCCCGCUGGUGCUUAUCACACGAAACCCGGCGCAGAACUGCUUUCUGGUAGUAGGACUUAGCUGCCCAUCCACACCUGGCGAGAUCCAUCGAAAUACCUUGGGAACGGCUUUUAAGCUUGCUGCCAGCGAGACUGGAGCAAACUUUCGGCAGGAUGGCUUCACAAGUGCCGUGAUGGAGAUUCAAAUUGAUGAAAUCCAGCACUUUGUUGAGCAAUUACACAACGUCCUCGAUGCAUGA